AUGGAAAAUGAAAAUUGUGAAAUGGAUCAGAUAGCGACGAGCGAUUCUGUUAUAAUAGAAGAAAAUAUUCUUUCUGAUGAUGAUGAAAAGAUCAGAGUGUAUGGCUCAACGCGUCUGACAUCACCAUCAAAGCCAAAAUCACGUGCAGAUGACAGAUCACAGGAUGCUGAAUAUGGAGAUAACAGAAAGGAGGGGUCAAAGCCCACAAGUUUGUUGCUUCCGUCACCUAGUGUGAGCCGAAAAAGCAGUUCACAUUCUGCAGAUACGCACGUCUCCACACGAUCAUUUGCUGAUUCAUCCAGUUGGAUGCAGCAUCCAAAGAUUCGUGAGAACUGGAAAGUUGUGUUGGGGGCUUUCAUGCUCACAUUGAUAGGCUCUGUCUUGUUUCUUGUUGGAGUUGGGAUAGUUGUUUCACCCAGCAGAGGUAUGCAUUGUCUCGUUUUCUUCAUUGGUGGAUUGCUGUGUCUGAUCCCGGGAGCUUACCACCUGGUGUAUAUAUACCUGGCUGUGAAAGGGAUAGAGGGAUACAGUUUGUACGACCUUCCAGUAUUCAACUGACGGGUCAUUUUUCAUUCUCACGGAUUUUGAAAGGGACAUUCCAGUCAUUACGUGCAAUACAUCAACACCUCAUACAAUGAUUUUAGUAUCGCCAGUACUGGUUCCCAUUCCAGUUAGCAGUCAAUAAAGGUAGCAGGACUGGCCAGGUACCAGAAGUGAUGAUAAAAAAAAGAAACACUUCUAUUUAUAGACCAUAUAUCUUUAAAGGGGCAUGCAACCAGAUUUAUGUCAUUUUUUCAGUUUAGAAAUUGCCUUCAUUUGUUGUAAGUUAUCAAAAAAAAAAAACACUAAAGAUUAAAGCUGCUAGCUUGCAGUUUGGGUAAAAUUUUUCUGCAUGUUCAUUUCAAUCAGGUUUGGUAUAGACUGUAUAUAUGACACUGAAAAAUGAUAAAGUGAAUGAAAGUAGGUUUUAGAUAUUUGUAAAAAAAGAAAAAUGUUGCUUCUCCACUGUUUCAAAAGCCUUACAAACAGUUAACUGCUUUCUAUACAAUAUUUUUAGUAAUUUGUGAAGAUAUCAGGCAAAAGUCGUAUGUUAGUAAGUUUGUCCCACUUUCACAUUACCAGAUUUAAUCUUUUUUUGAUAGAGAGAAAAAUAUUGGCUAAAAAGAGUGAAUGAGUCAUUUAAAGUGAUGCAGCGAGUUCUAGAAGUAUUUAUUUAUAAAAUCAUCAGUGUAGCAUGUACAUUACUACCUAAAGUGUUAGUCACACAGUAGAUAUAUGGUAUACAUGUAAAGUAGAAGAAAUUUAGCUACUACAGUUCAUGUCUUACUCAUAAAUUAUCAACCGUUAAGAGUAUUGAUCUUUUUAUACACAAAAAUGUAUUUCAUAAUAAAUAUUGUUAUUCAUUUAAAAGUAUGAAAUUUUAAUGUAUUUCUGGAGGUGUACCCCUUUGAAAUUGCACAAUGUUUAUAUGCACUAGGUCAGAUUUAAAAUCAGAUGUAUAAACUAAAUACCAGAAACCACAUUUUUGUUAAUUGUAUAACUUUUGAAGCCAAAAUUUUAAAUAUAAUGUGGAGUAUUGUUCUUUCCUGUUUAAUUUUAUGUCACAAAAUAUGUAACUUGAAUUAAAAAAAACAUGUAUAAAUCCUUUUUCCUCACUCGGGGCAUUGAAUUCUUCAUGUGAGGAAGCCAUCCAGCUGGCUUACAGAAGGUCGGUGGUUCUACCCAGGUGCCGUUCAUGAUGAAAUAAUGCACGGAGGUGCACCUGGGGUCUUCCUCCACCAUUAAAGCUGGAAAGUCACCAUAUGACCUAUCAUGUGUCGGUGCGACGUUAAAUACAAAAAAAUAAAAUAAAUAAAUCCUAUUCGAAUAUGUUUUACACACAAAAAAUUGUCACAAUUUUCACAACUCUGACAUUGGACUUCCUUUAAUUAAAGCCCUAAAAAUACAUUUACGAAACUGAGUAAUCAUAGUUAAUUAUUUCCACAUUUUCUCCAGAACUACACACAGAAAAAGUUGUUUGAUAUUUCUAGCAUAAAUGUCAGAUAACACAGUUUAGAAUUUUUGCACAUGUAAACAAAUUUUAAGGACAGAUCUGGGAGCGUGCCAAAUACAGAGCCUCUUGUUGUUGAGCAGACACUGUAUCAGUUGAAAAUUAGUGAUGUUUAAAUGUGAAAAUUUUUUGAGGAAGCAUUGUUAUCAUUAGAGAAAGAAUCAUAGUUGAUUAUAAAUUGUUUUAUGAAGUCUUUCGACUGAUUUAGAUGCAUGUUAUUUAAUUUUAUUUGAACGGUUAGUGCUUUUUGUUAUUUCAUUACCGGUAAUCUGUUUAGAAGAUAAAAUUUUGUUAUUGUAGGGUAUCAUUGUAUAAGUGCUUGAUUCUUUAUUUAUAUAUUAUUACUGUAAUCUCUUGUUAGGAGGACGUGUUAGAGAGUUUGAGAUUUUGUACUUUUUGUAUUUUGUACUAGGAGUACAUCCCAUAUACAUAACAUGUAUGUAAAUCCCUAUACCUAACAAUAAGGGACUGAAAAAAAUUGUCUUUAUUUGAAUGGUUUGUUACAAGUGAUUUUUUUUUUUUUUUUU